GUUAACCUAUUUUUCUCCUUUAAAUAGAUUGGAGGCACGCGUAAAAUCAAUCCUCCAUCGUUUUCCAGGAGCAAGGCACGGCGGCGAUAUCUUAACCCUAAUUCACUAAGGGUAGGUAUUAGCAAUGGCGGUUCCACUUUUGACGAAGAAGAUAAUAAAGAAGAGGGUCAAGCAGUUCAAGAGACCUCAGCACGACCGUAGGAUAUGUGUAAAGACCAACUGGAGAAGACCCAAGGGUAUUGAUUCUCGUGUGAGAAGAAAGUUUAAGGGAUGCACUCUAAUGCCAAAUAUUGGUUAUGGGUCUGAUAAGAAAACAAGACAUUAUCUACCCAAUGGUUUCAAGAAGUUCAUAGUUCAUAAUGUGAAGGAAGUUGAGUUGCUAAUGAUGCACAACAGGACCUUCUGUGCAGAGAUUGCUCAUAAUAUUUCAACAAAGAAGAGAAAGGAGAUUGUUGAAAGAGCUGCUCAGCUUGAUGUUGUUGUUACCAACAAGCUUGCUAGGCUUAGGAGUCAAGAAGAUGAAUGAUCUAAGAAACCUAACUAGUGUUUUCUUUAUGGUUUACAGUAAUUCCUUUAAUUGGUUUUGCUGCUUCCCUUAGUUUUUUGUGAUUAAUAUUUGAAUCAAAUCUUUCAUACUUUUAUUGUUAUUGUUAUAACUUAUAUUCCAUUUUUCUUUAUUAUUGACAUAUUGUUUUAGAAGGGUUUCUGGGAAUUUUUAAGCAACAAAAAUGUGUAUCAAUACAUUGAUCAAUGCUUCUUAGUUUUCAA